AUGCAGCAACGAAGCGACGACUCUGUCCCGCGGCCAGGUUCAAAGUCUCCCUUUAACAACACCGAAGACCUACCCCCGAGUUCUCUUCAACGAGACUCGAGCAUUCCGACAGCGAGCCAAGGUGACUCGGUUCCCAGCACUCAUGCGGAAACCCGACAUCAAGCUACUAACACACUAGGAAACCUGUCAAGGGGAUGGCUUUCUGAGAACUCUAGCCCUGGCCGCGGCCAUACCAGUGGCCACACGCUCACAACUGGUCUAACUUCGGUAGUAGACCAUGCUGAGCCCUCGUCGUCAAGACUGUCGCAACAAGCUAUCGUUGAGCCCGGAAGUUCUAAAUACCCAGGACUGAAUACCUCUCAUCAGCCCAAAGUAAUCAGUGGACUCCAUAACAGUGUGAAACGAACUUCAUCCAGGCCAGCCUUAACUGACAGCACCAUGGAUCCGUCACCCGUGAAGAAGCCUCGAACCGGAGCAUCUCCUCCGAGGAUGAGUGACAUGCCCAGGUCCACUCUGAGCAUAUCCUCGACAGGGCCUUCGCAACCAGAGGGUCCGGCAUCACCUCUUUUCUUUUCACAUUCCUCCUCAGCUCGGAAUAUCACACGACCGCCGAAUUUCCCUACCUCAGAUCACGCACCGUCCAUACUGGCUCGCAUUCGAGAUGAGCCGUCUGGCUCCGUAACGACAUUGAAGUUACCCCGUGCUAAUGUCAGCUCCCCCAGUCCGGCCAGAUCUGGUAGUACGCCAGGGAGCUGGGGUUCCUCCAUGGACACUACCGCUCCUGCAUUGACACCUGAUGCACGCUCCAUCUCGCCAGGUUUGCAAGGGCUGAGCAGCGCAGACCUCAUUGAUCUUUUAGAUCAAGAUGUUCGGCCGACUUUUCUUGUUGACAUGGGAAAUCCUGCCAAUGCAAGUCGCGCUGGUCUACACAUCUUAUUCUACAACCGAGCAUUAAGAACUUCGCACCACGUCUUACGACUUCUCACUGUGGACCAGGAAGACGUACCCAGAGCAGCCGAGUAUGGGAAUUUCAAGGCAUGGGCGAUCAGUUCGACCAAGGGACGGGAUGGACAAGACGUUCCCCCUCCACCGCACAUAUAUGGAGGAAUAACCUGGACAUGCUCAACACUCCGUCGGCGGUUUCGAUUUGUUAGCGGUAACACACCCCUCGAACCCAUACAAGCAGAAUCCCCAGCAUCUCUCGCCGAUGCCCCUGCAGCGAUUGAUCAGCAAGGCGAAGAUCCUACCCCGGACAUCCCACUUACCCCAGAAGUUGAUCCUGUGGACCCUUCAGACUAUUUUGGCGAUGCUCGGCGUAAAUCUUCACAGGCCGAAUCAAUUGUCGAAACCAUCCCCGAAGAUCCACUUCAUGAUACAGAAUCUCGGCACCAUCCCGACGAUUUUACCAACGAGGUACUGCAGGCGCAGAUUGCAAGACCUUGCUUCGAUUGGACAAGGAUUCCACUGAUGGAUGACCUUCCUGAACAUAUUCGGUUGGCUAGGACAACGGAUUGGUCUUCAACGUCCUUGGGGCCCACUGAAGAUUGGCCACAUGAGUUGAGAGCCAUGUCUAAUCUUGUCAUGGGCAGCCCGCACCCGGCGGCUCUCUACUGGGGGCCCGAUUUUAUUUCCAUAUACAAUGCUGCCUACAUAGACUUGGCAGGCCAAAAACACCCCAACCUUAUGGGAGCGAAAUACACAGAGGCUUGGGCCGAAAUUUGGGAUGACAUAGCUCCAGUUUUCCAGGCUGCCUGGGAAUCCGGGCAAGCAACCAUGAAAAACGACAAUCAUCUCUUCAUCAACCGACAUGGAUUCUUGGAAGAGACUUUUUUCUCAUGGUCCGUUGUGCCCCUGGUGGGUGCAGAUGGCGAGGUUGUGGGACUGUACAAUCCAGCUUUCGAGAACACAAGGAGGAAAGUUACUGACAGACGAAUGCUCACUCUUCGCGAAGUAGGAGAACGAACGUCUCUGGCCACAAGCAUGAAAGGCUUCUGGCCACAAGUCCAAAAGGGACUCGAAUACAACGAAUACGACGUCCCAUUUGCCCUAUUGUACUCCCUCAAAGACGAUGCCGAGAGCGAAGUCUCCUCCUUGCACUCAGCCAGCCUCCACAGCACACAGUUGUGUCUCGAGGGGUCUAUCGGUGUCACCGCAGACCAUCCCAUCGCCGUUGAGUCCCUUGACCUGCGUUCCUCGGACGAAGGAUUUGCCCCUUAUAUGCGUCAGUGUAUGGCGUCCGGUGGAGGUGCAGUGGUCUUAUCUACCGAAGAUGGAACUCUGCCAUCCGACUUGAUUGAGGGCCUAGAUUGGAAAGGAUUCGGCGACCCAUGUAGAACCAUCAUUGUUUUCCCAGUGCUCCCUACCACCGUCGGAGAUUCGGUUGUUGGCUUUAUCGUCAUGGGUGUGAACCCCCGAAGGCCCUACGAUGAUGAUUACAAGCUUUUCAUCAAUCUUCUUGCACGUCAGCUAGCCACAUCCAUGGCGUCUGUUGUCCUUUUCGAAGAGGAAAUCAAGCGUGGUCAGCGAGCGGCGAGACUAGCCGCUUUGGACCGUCAAGAGCUCUUAAUGCAACUACAACUCAAGUCCCAAGAAGCCGUCGAUAUCGAAUACAGAUUUACCCGCAUGGCCGAGUUCUCCCCCGUCGGUAUGUUCAUUGCUGAUUCCAAUGGCGUGAUCAACUACUACAACGAAAUGUGGUGGCAAAUCUCUCGGGUGUUGCCUCACAUGAGGGGUGAAGGCGCGUGGAUGGACAGCGUUCGGACGGAGGACAGGCCUGCCCUUGAGCGGGCCUGGCAUAAGUUACUCGAGGAGAAGGUGACCAUAUCAGCUGAAUUUCGUUUCAAGUGCACCCAGCAAAACGGCGAUUCCACCAUUGACACUUGGGUCCUCAUGAGUGCCUACCCAGACAAGACCCCAGAUGGAAAAAUCAACUUCAUUUUCGGUUGCAUCACAGACAUUUCAUCUCAGAAAUGGGCUGAGAAGGUCCAGAGCGAACGGCGAGAGGAAGCUGUCGAGCUGAAACGUCAACAAGAAAACUUCAUCGACAUUACAAGCCACGAGAUGCGAAACCCCCUUUCCGCCAUUUUACAGUGUGCUGACCAAAUCACGAACAACAUUACUGCAUUCGCUUCACACGAUGUUCGAGGAGAAAUAGAAACGCUGUUGGAGAACUGCUUGGAUGCCGCCAACACAAUCAACCUCUGUGCAAGCCAUCAGAAACGAAUCGUGGAUGACAUCCUCACACUCUCAAAACUCGAUUCGAACCUCCUCAACGUCACGCCUAUUGACGAGCAACCCAUCAAGGUCGUCCAAAGAGCGCUAAAGAUGUUCGAGUCGGAGAUUGUCGCACAUGACAUUGAAUUCGAGUUUCGGGUCGACAAGAGCUUCGAGGAGUACGGCAUUAAAUGGGUUAAGCUAGACCCUUCUCGACUCAGCCAAGUCUUGAUCAAUUUGAUGACGAAUGCGAUCAAAUUCACUCAGGGACGAGAACGACGGAGCAUUGUUGUUAGCGUUGCAGCUUCGAAGGACGUUGAACAAGUCACGAAGCAAGAGGGUAUUCGUUUCUUUGAGAGAAGCCCCAACGGGCGACCAGCUAUGGAUAUAGACAAUGAGGAAGAUUGGGGAAGUGGUGAGCGAGUAAAUAUUCACUGCACAGUGGAGGAUACCGGCCCGGGAUUGGGGCAUGAGGAACUUAAGUUGUUGUUCCAGCGGUUUCAACAAGCCACUCCCCGAACGCAUGUGCAAUAUGGCGGUUCCGGGCUAGGCUUGUUCAUCUCAAGGAUCCUGACCGAAAUGCAAGGAGGACAGAUCAGUGUGUCCUCGGAUCCUGGAAUGGGCAGCAAAUUUACUUUUUACAUCCAAAGCCGCAUCUGCCUCAACCCCCCUGCCGAUUACGAACGCAUUUCGCCUUUCAAGAUAGCACGGAAGAUACAGUCGCCAGCCGCAACCGUAACAGCAACCGCAACCGGGCCUAUCAGCAGCAGUCCCGCAUCUCGAACCAACUCCGAUACGAAGGGCAAUCCCUACUACGAUGUUUUGAUCGUGGAAGAUAACAUUGUGAACCAAAAGGUAUUGCAGAGACAACUACGGAACUGUGGCAACAAUACCUUCGUGGCGAAUCAUGGCAAAGAAGCUCUCCAAACUCUACAGCGUUCGAGAUUUUGGGCCGGGCAGGAAUCGGAGGGUCUUGAUAUCUCGGUCAUUCUAAUGGACUUGGAAAUGCCCGUGAUGGAUGGCAUGACAUGCGCCCGCAAGAUCAGAGAGUUGGAAAAGGAAGGUACAAUAGUUCAGCAUAUCCCCAUCAUUGCCGUCACUGCAUAUGCCAGGCCUGAGCAAAUACAGAGCGCCAAGGCCGCAGGAAUUGACGACGUCAUCUCGAAGCCGUUUCGAAUUCCAGAAUUGAUGCCGAAAAUCGAAGAACUUGUUGGCAAAUACAAAAGCCUUUCAAUCACCAACUGA